AUGAAUAUUAAUAUAUAUGAUUAUUUCAUUAAAAGUAAAUCCUUCUUAAAUAUUUUAAAAAAAAAAAUUUUCUGUAAGAAUAAAGUUAAUUAUAGGUGUUUAAUUUAUAAUGGGUUUAAUAAGGGAAAAUAUAAGCUCCUUAAUAAAAUAUAUUUGAAAAAAAAAAUAUUAAAUAAAAAUUUAUCACAAUUAGAAAAUAGAGUGAAUCUAUUAAGAAAAUAUCCAUUACGGAAAAGAAAGGGUAAUAAUUUUAAAAUAAGUCUAAUAAAUAAAAAGAAUUUUAAUGUUAAUUUUGUAAAAAUCAGACAUCUUUUAAAUUUUACUAAAAAAAUAAUACUAUGUAGUUUAUUUAUAUAUACAAUAAAUAAUUAUUUGUUUGAUAUGACUCUUACAAGUGGUUCAAGUAUGUAUCCUUUAAUAAAUAAAAAUGGAGUAAUUUUAUUUUAUAUUUGUGAUGAUGCGUUAAGAUUUUUUUAUAAAUUACAUAAAAUAUAUAUGGAUAGUUAUACAUACAUCUUACACAAGUUCAAUAAUAUAAUUCGAUUUUUAUUUCAUCCUAAUAAUUUCAUAUGUUUUAAAGAAAGAAUUUCUGAAAAAAUAGCAAACUUGGAAGGAAAAAAAAAAAAAAAUAUGCAUAUUUAUAGCAGAGGAGAUAUUGUAUUAUUAAUUUCUCCUGUUGAUAACAAUAAAAGAGUAUGUAAAAGAAUUAUUGCAAUAGAAAAGGAUAAAAUUUAUGUUGAUAAUUUUAAUUCUUUUGUUGAAAUACCUGAAAAUAACAUAUGGGUAGAAGGAGACAAUAAAAAUGAUUCAUUUGAUAGUAGAAAUUAUGGGUGUGUGCAUGUAAAUUUGAUAAUUGGUAAAGUAUUUUUUUUACUAGAUCCCUUUAAAAAAUUUUCUCUUAUCAAUAAUAAAAAAAAUUAUCAAAUUGAAUCAUCCCGCUUUUUAUAUUUAUCAGAUUAG